ACCGCAGCGAAGUAGCGUCUCCCCCGAGAUCUGGACGGCCCGGAAGCGGAGCGUCCCCCAUCACAGGCUGGAUGCAGGAUUCGGGAACCGAAGCGGAAGGGAAGGCAAGCGGGUGGCAGUUUUCUUUCAUUAUGUUUUGUGUUUCUCCUACUGAAACCAAUCAGCUUCCUAGAAACUUUAUAUGAAAUUCUGAUAAGAUUCAAAAAUGUCAACAGAUAUCAAGAAUAAUGGCUUUGAAGAUGACAGUAUAACAGAGCACAUCAUGAUAGACCAAAGCUCAUUAUCUCCUAUAGUUGCUGAAUAUGAUAAACAUCUUGGAGAAAUGAAUGAACAACUGAAAUACUGCCAGAUGCAGAUGAAAGAAAUGAGGCUAAAGCUUGAGCAAGUCAUCAAAGAAAAUGAAAGAUUGCAUGAGGAGUUAAAAGAAGCAAUUGAAAAGCAGUUGGAAGCUCUGCCAUCUGGUUCUGUUUCAAGGGAUGCUACAUUUAUGGAUGAAAACUUAGUAAGAAACCUUCAAGAACAGUUGCAACUAGCAAAUAAAGAAAAAGAACAUGUCCUAGAACUUUGGCAGAUGGUUUCACGGGAAUUGGAGCGACUUCAACAGAUAUACCAGGAACACAUGACAGAAGCACAAAUUCAUAUUGUGGAAAGGCAGAAGCAAAACAUUAAUCAUGUGUUUCUCAAAAUGGUAACGGAACAAAAUGUAGAGCUGGAACAGCUGCGCAAGCAACAAAGACAAUCCAAAUUGGACUUGAGAACCACAGCUGCAAAAGCUGAUGAAAUGAUGGGACUCAUUGAGGAUCUUCGCAGCCAAGUAAACAGAAAGGAAGAAGAGGUCCUGACUGCUCAUGAAAAAGAGGAGGCGUCAGAUAAACACUUAAAGGAAUUGCAGUCAAGCAUAAAACAGUUGGAGACAAGACUUUGUGUAGCUACAAAAGAUUCUAAACAGCUAAGAUCAGAAAGAACAAAUCUUGAAAAAAAAAUUCAAGAGCUGCAAACAAAAUGUGUGAAUAUAGAAGAAGAGAAGUAUGAUGCUGUAGCAAAAGUCCGAGACAGCAUGCAACUCAUAGAAGAAGCUAAUCUCCAGAAGAGUCAGGCAAUGCUGUCAGAGAAACAAAAAGAAAAGGAAAUUGAAACUAUGAAACAAGCCAUUUCUCAGCUGCUUCAAGAUGCUGCUUUAAGAACUAGGAAAGAAGUAGAAAACGAGAGGAAACGAUACAAUAUUCAGAUUUCACGUGUAACAGAAGAACUUACUGCACUUCAGAUGGAAUGUGGAGAAAAACAAAGCCAACUAGAGCGAGCUAUUAGAGAAAAGCAAGCAGUUGAAGAAGAACUAGAGAAGGUGUAUCGUGAAGGUAGAGGAAACGAAGCUGAUUAUAGAAAACUAGAAGAGCUUUACCAGAGAUUUCUGAAUGCUGAACGUAUAAAAGAUGAUCUCCAUCUUAGUUUGCAAACAGCACAAAACAAAAUUAAGCAACUGGAACUGAAAUGCGAAGAAGAGAAAUGCCGUUGCCAAGAAAAUAUAUGCAAACUGCAAAGUAUUCUUCAUUCUGAAAGGGAGAAAUGUGGAGCUAUAAGUGAAGAGCGCUUAAAGCUGCAACAAGGGAAUGAACAGCUUCAAAAAGAAAUGGAAAACUUGAAAAAGCUGACAAUGGAGGCACAACAUUCUGCAAAAUUAAAGAUAAGUACAAUGGAGAAUGAACAUUUACUAAAAGAACAUGGGUUUGAAAUUCAACUGAAAGAGAUGGAAGAUGUAAAUCAAAACUCAGUAACUGAACUUAGACGCCUGUUGAUGGCUCAACAAAAAGCAACAAAUCGUUGGAAGGAGGAAACAAAGAAAAUAACAGAAAUAACUGAAUCCAGAAUAAAUUGUCUAAAAACCGAGCUGAGUCGUCAAAAGCUUCACACCCAAGAAUUAUUUUAUCAACUGGAAAGAGCAAAUGAAAAGGUUAUUGAGAGCGAAAAAUUAAUGAGGGAACAUCAAGAAAAAGUCAACCGACUUCAAAAUCGACUAAAUCAGGCAGAAGAGAGAGCAACUACAGCAACUCAACAGCUCAGCGCCAUAACAUUGCAGAAGAAAAAGGCUGCCUACUUGAUAGAGCAAAAAGAAAUGUAAAAUAAUAGAUCCUUUCAUAGUGUAUAAGUACAGGUUGCCGAAAAGUACCUUUGGAGCCUUAGAAUGUAUCAUGUAAAAUAUUUUCCAGAUAAUACUUCAUUACUUUAUAAAACAAAUGUAUUUAUUCCUAUUCACAACAAACAUUAAGCAG